AUGUUGCAGGCUAUCGUCUUGCCAUCGCGCCUCGUGCAUCGACAUGUGCUGAGUUCACGGAGGUGCAUGCAAUCCUCGGCUGGCCAAUUGACAGCGAAGCUGCGUCGUUGCCACUGUGCGUCGGAUGUCAUCAGUCUCGUGCGCACAGCAGUCGACUCGCAAAUGCUGGAUGGCAUUCUGUGGGCGGCGGCGAUGCAGCGCAUGAGCAUCGUGGAGAAGGGGAGGGAGGAGAAGGAGGAGAAGGAGGACAGAAAGUAUGACAAGGCCGAGGUGCGGCAAGGGCAGCAGUGUGUGCGGCAAGGCUGGGAGUUGCUGAUGGGUAUGGGCACCACUUAUCUUCCUCAUGUUGGACAUCGAGAGCUGGCGGUUGUGGCAGUUGCUGUUUCGAAAUCUGCGAAAACUUCGAAGCGGGAUAAAAGAUAUCAAGGCGGAAAUGGCCGGAGGUGCUUUCUGAGCUCUGUCAUUCGGACCGCUUUGAGUGCCAGUGAGAGCAUCUCCGUUCGCCAUCUUGCAAACCUCGCUUGGUCGGCUGCGACGAUGCAGGUGGCCGCUGACGAGCUCUUUGAAGCUGCAGCCUCGGCUGUGGCGGUGCAGAGGUGCAACGCCCGUGACAGCUCGCAGCUGUUAUGGGCAUUUGGGCGGUCAAGCCAUAAGCUCGGGGUAGAAGUCUUGGAGACCUUGGCCGGACGACAUAUGUCCCCACGGAUGUUCCCUACGUUUGGUGACCAUGAUAUUGCAGCAACGAUUUGGGGCGUAGCAACUUUGGCUGCUCUUAGAGAGCCCAAGGACAAAGGACGACAGUUUAUCAAGGAAUUCACAGCUCAUGCAGCGGGGCGUUCAUCUGAAUUCUCCCCGCAGGGCUUGUCCAUGCUAUUCUGGGGCACAGCAACGCUGGUCUCAAAGGGAGUAGACAUGCCGAGCUCCGUGCUGAUCCGUGCAUGUGCGCCCCAGGUGGUAAAGCUUGCGCCAAGGUUUACCACUCAAGGUGCUGCCAACAUUCUCUGGUCGCUGUCCACUCUUGCAAGGGUAGAGCAAGAUGGUGUACGAGAAGCUUCAAGCUUUGAGGACGUUGGCUCCCUAUCAUCAGAUGCAGGCCGGUCUUGA